CGUAGGUUGGCUCGUCUGAAACUCUCAAGUCUGAACCCAUCACUCCACGCGGCCCCCCUCUGCUGAUGCGAUGACUUCACCCCGCCGCGCACGCGUCGUCCUGCCGGUGCCGUCGCGCCCGUGACCCAGGCAAUCCAUGGCCAUCAUCGUGGCCAUGGCCCCCACCGCCCACCCCUCCAACCCAAGCAAGGCACAUACAUAUCCCUCCGUCAGAGACAACAAAGCACACGCUCCUGCUGCUGCUUACAACCCAAACCCCUCGUCGGCAUCCAGCAACAGCGCCGCCAUGGCUCCUCCACUGUUGCUCCUCCUCCUCCUCCCUCUUCUCACCGCCGCUGCGCCGACAGCCACGACCACACUCCCUCUGUACCGCCACCUCCCGCACGUCGCCACCGAGGCGGCGCACCACCACCCGCUCUCCCGCCUGGCCGCUGCCUCGCUCGCCCGCGCCUCGCACCUCAGGCGCCCCGCCCCCGCCCACCACAAAGCCCAAGGGGGUUCCACCGCGCUCUACCCGCACUCCUACGGAGGCUACGCCUUCACAGCUUCCCUCGGCACGCCGCCGCAGCCGCUCCCCGUCCUGCUCGACACCGGCAGCCACCUCACCUGGGUGCCCUGCACCUCCAACUACCAGUGCCGCAACUGCCCCACCGCCGCCGCCCCCGUCUUCCACCCCAAGAACUCCUCCACCUCCCGCCUUGUCGGCUGCCGCAACCCCGCCUGCCUCUGGGUCCACUCCGCCGCGCACCUCGCCAACAACUGCACCGCAGGCACCGUCUGCCCGCCCUACGCCGUCGUCUACGGCUCCGGCUCCACCGCCGGCCUGCUCAUCGCCGACACCCUCCGCGCGCCGGGCCGCCGCGCCGUCACCAACUUCGUCGCCGGCUGCAGCCUCGUGUCCGUGCACCAGCCACCCUCGGGCCUCGCGGGCUUCGGCCGCGGCGCGCCGUCCGUGCCCGCGCAGCUCGGCCUCAACAAGUUCUCCUACUGCCUCCUCUCCCGCCGCUUCGACGACAACGCCGCCGUCAGCGGCUCCCUGGUCCUCGGCGACUCCGGCGGCAAGGCCGACGGAAUGCAGUACGUCCCGCUGGUCAGGAGCGCGGCCGGCGACAAGCAGCCGUACGCCGUGUACUACUACCUCGCCCUGACCGGGGUGACGGUGGGCGGGAAGGCCGUGCGCCUGCCGGAGCGGGCGUUCGCCGCCAACGCCGCCGGAUCGGGAGGCGCCAUCGUGGACUCCGGCACCACGUUCACGUACCUGGACCCGACGGUGUUCCAGCCGGUGGCGGACGCCGUGAUCGCGGCGGUGGGCGGGAAGUACAAGCGGUCCAAGGAGGCGGAGGACGGCCUGGGCCUGCGCCCCUGCUUCGCGCUGCCGCAGGGCGCCAAGUCCAUGGCGCUGCCGGAGCUGUCGCUCCGCUUCAAGGGCGGCGCCGAGAUGCAGCUCCCACUCGAGAACUACUUCGUGGUCGCCGGCCGCGCUCCCGUGCCCGGCGCCGCCGCCGCUGCUCCGGCCGCCGCCGGCGAGGCCAUCUGCCUCGCCGUGGUCACCGACUUGGGAGGCGCCGGAGACGUGGGCAGCGGCCCGGCCAUCAUUCUCGGGAGCUUCCAGCAGCAGAACUACUACGUGGAGUACGACCUCGGGAAGGAGAGGCUGGGGUUCCGGCGGCAGCCGUGCGCCGCGUCGUCGUGAGCGACCGAGCUCGCUCAGGGGAGCUUCUUGCUGGCUGCUUCCACGAAUUAAUUGCUUGCUCCACGUACUGUUGCUAAUGACAAAGCUGUCUGCUUUUUAAGCUUGGGUUUGCAGAUUGUACUGCUAAUAAAAUUACUACACCAUCGCGUAUCAUAUCAUGUGAUUCACAGUCA